AGGAAGAGUGCUUGCUUUUGAAAAUAUUGGCGCCCGUCUCGUCAACAUUAGCCUUCCUCCGAAGAUCAUACUUUAUUAUGUUAUGCAGGUGUUUUGUGGCCCUUCUGGAAGCAAUCGUGACGAAAUGAAAGUGUUACCUUACAACCGAUAGGUAAGGCAGUUGAGAACGGAUUCUUAUUUGUAGUGUCCACCAGGCUGCAAACAACACAGCAAAAGAAGACCUUUACCGUUACUUACACUUUAGUCACCAGUGAGGAAACGUAAUGGCAAGUAAUGUAUGCAGCCACGUGAAGGUGGUCGUUCGGGUGAGGCCAACCAACGAGAAGGAGAAGAGUGAAAAUGUUCGCAAUGUGGUCCAAGUUGUGGAUAAACACAUGUUGGUAUUUGAUCCAAAAGAAGAGGAGAUAUCCUGUUUUGGUUCCCAAAGAGUUCGGAAUAGAAACAUCAACAAGAGGGCCAACAAAGACCUUAAAUUUGUUUUUGACCAUGUCUUUGGAGAGAAUUCCACUCAAGAUGAUAUAUUUGAAAACACCACAAAAGGAGUGUUGAAUAGUGUCAUGAAUGGAUUUAACUGCACAGUUUUCGCCUAUGGUGCAACUGGAGCAGGCAAAACACAUACCAUGUUAGGAACACCAAACGAACCGGGGGUCAUGUACCGCACCAUGAAAGACCUUUUUAAACGCAUGGAUGAUGCCAAAGAGGAGAAAGAGUUUUCUGUUGCUGUCUCCUAUCUUGAGGUUUAUAAUGAACAGAUCAGGGAUUUGCUGGCUAAUGCAGGUCCUCUUGCAGUAAGAGAGGACAGUGUUAAAGGAGUGGUUGUUCAGGGCCUCACGCUGUACCAGCCAAAAUCUGCCGAGAACAUUCUCCAGGCUUUGGAUUCUGGCAAUCAAAACAGGACACAGCACCCAACGGAUACAAAUGCCACCUCUUCCAGGUCCCAUGCCGUGUUCCAGAUAUAUUUGCGACAGCAGGACAAAACUGCUAUGCUUAAUCCCAAUGUGUGCGUUGCCAAAAUGAGUUUAAUUGACCUGGCAGGCUCAGAAAGAGCCAGUGCUACCAAUGCCAAAGGCCAACGCUUGCGUGAAGGAGCUAACAUCAACCGCUCACUCCUCUCCCUGGGGAAUGUUAUAAAUGCUCUCGCUGAUCCCAAGAGCAAGAAGGCUCAUAUACCAUACAGGGACAGCAAACUUACUCGGAUACUAAAGGACUCUUUGGGAGGCAACUGCAGGACUGUCAUGAUUGCCAACAUCAGCCCCUCAUCCAAGUCGUAUGAUGACACGCAAAACACUCUGAAAUAUGCUAACAGGGCCAAGGAAAUAAAAUCUUCGCUGAAGAGUAAUGUUAUAAGCCUGGACAGCCACAUUGGUCAAUAUGCAGUCAUUUGUGAGAAGCAGCGGCAAGAGAUUGUACAGUUGAAGCAGAAGAUACAAGAGUAUGAGGACAAAAAAAUGUCUGUUUCCUCAAACGCAAUAUCUCCGCAGAAGAAAGCAGAUGUCAAAAGGGUGUCAGAAUUUCUGCAGCAAGUCUUCUCCAUGCGUGCCCAAAUCAGAAGCGAACAGCUGGAUCUGGAGAGACAACUGAAGGAGAAUGAGCUGCGCCAGCGCUACAGUGAGGAGGACAACCUGCAGGUCCAAUAUAUCUCUGCCAAAGAAAAGACUGACAAGGCUACUUGUAAACAUGAGCGGAAGAUUGCAAUGCUACGCACUAAGCAGCAGCAUAUCCAUAAACGUCUGAAAGAAGCAGAAAUGUGCUUUCAAAACAAUGAUGGCUGGCUCCACCGUAUCGAGAACGAAAUGAGAUUAUUGAAGUCAAAUGAUCUUGCAUCUGAGGUAUUAGAAAAGGACUUGCAUUGUCACAGACUGGAGCUUCAGGUGAAUGAUCUUAAACAACACAUCAAGCAGAUGGUCAAAAUCACUGCACUUCAGGAUCAAGAGAACAAACGCAUGCAAAAAAUGGUGAAUGUGUUGUUGCCAGCUUAUGGUCGAUGCUACACUGCGAUGCAUGACGCUGGGCUGGUUACAGCCCAAGAUGAGUUGCAAAACCAUGAGCUUGAGCAAAUUGUGCUGAGAGAGAGGUGUGUGGCCUGGGCAGACCAGGCAGAAGUGGACCCAGACGUACAAGGUUCAUCUACUAGGCAAAUGACACAAGAGACCAAGGAGUCGGGGAACUUCAAGUUCUGUGGUGAAUUGGCACCUGUCCUGUCUUUCUCACAACUGCUUUACCACCAGAGUAGCCCUUGUAGUGCAGAGAGGCGGACAAAGAGCGUAUCGAUCAAAAAUGCCCCAUCUCCAAAAGGCAGCAAAAGUCAUCCAAACCUGCAGCAAGACAUACUUCCCCAAAAAAACACAAGAAGAAAUCUCUCAGUAUUGCUGCCAGCACAAAGCCCAAAGACUUUCUCCAAAGACUUUCAGGAUGGUACCUUUCCUCUCCAAUACACACCAGAACCUGCUCAAAAAGAUGUUCAGUUUGGUUUCUCCACUGGCAUGGAUCUCGACAUGACCUUUGAAAUUCAACAUAAAGAAGAUGCAGCAAUUACAAACAAUGACGGCCCCUCUCAGAAAGCUCCAACACACCUAAUCAAUCCUUUCAAAGCCGAUGAAGUCAACCAGAUUCCUACUAAACGACAUCAGCUCUCCUUACAAGAAAUGAGACAAGCCAAUCCAACGUACAUGGGCAUGACGUCUGCUGCGCAAGGAAAGCGUAAACUCAAUCGGGAAAGAGAUGAGAACAUGUCUGCACCGAAGCGUGUUAAGAAAGCCCUCUGUGUUCCUACCAGACCGAUGAGGGUACCUAAAUUUUCUGGUUCAGAAGAGGACAAACCUCAGAGAGUUGUGAGGAGCAUUUCUGAAGGAAAUCUGAAACUCUUAAACCAUCCAAACCAUAGUCACAGCUUUUCAAACAAGUGACCAAAUGGAUGUAAAAUCUUUUAGUUUAUGUGUCUCGAUUUCCAUGUUAGUCUUUAUUUUUAUUUGAAUUUAAAUAAACGUUCAACGCACUUAAGAUAAUCUGAUUGUAAAUCCAUGUUCAUUGCAUGUGAGAGAAUAAAACACAACCAAUUUUUUCACUGA